AUGAGUCUUAAGGCCAACAAUUAAGAACAUUUAACAAAAUUAAAAGAUAUUAACAUUUAUCCAAACAAUGGAGAAUAUACAGAUUUUAAAAAAAAGAAGAUCAUUAUAUAAGCUUAACAAUUAAAUGAAUAUUAUGAAGGAAUGUUAUGGGAUAUAAUUAAAUAAUUGGAUUAAUUCUUUUAAUCAAUCAAUAAUAGCUAUAAUAUUUCAAAAGAUGAUUUACAAAAAUUUAAAUAAUUGAUGAAUGAAAUUAAUAAAUAAAUAAUAAAAGCUUUGGAUAAAAUAGAUUCUUUUGAGAAGUAGCCUAAAGAACCAUAUGAAAAUCAAAUAAAUCUAAAAACUAGAAAAUGUUAAUACUCAUAAACUCCUUAAAACUUAGGAGAUACAGGAGUUUUAUAGCCUGCUAUCUCUUCAAUAAUUGAAAAUAAAAUAUAAAUAGAGUAAGAAGAAAAUAAAGUUUUAAAAGAAAAAUAAAUAAAUUAGGUUUCUAAUAAAUAAAAUUAACAAUAGAGAUGUCUCAUUAAUCAUUCUUAUAUUUAAGAUCAUUUAGAAAAUUACUAAAUUAUACUUCAUUUGUUGCUGUAAUAAAAUCUGAAAAAUAAUAAGAAUUCUCUUAAAUGUUUUUGUGAUGUGAAUAUAAAAUGUUCACAUUUAACAACUUUAUCUAAUAAAAAUUUAUUUGAUUUGUUGCUAAAUUAAUAAUAGGAUUAAUUAUUUUUAAAUCUUCAUAAACAAUUGAAAGUGCUAAAUUGUACAAAUAAUUUUUGUAGUUUUAGAUGUAUUAAUGUAUAGAUUAAUAAUUUGGAUAGAAGAUAGUAAAAAUAUUAUUGUCUGCUUUGUAAUGAAUAUUCAGUUGCAUGA